AUGGGUAAUCUCCCUUCUUGUUGCGCUCGACCAUGCCGUAAAGAAGCGGCGCUCUUCGAUCCUGACGGGAAGCUCUGGCGACUCCCCACCCCCGUGAAAGCAGCCGAGGUCAUGCUCGAGGUGCCGGGGCACAUCGUCGUGCCAGUCGAGGAGAUAUGGAGGAGCCAGCGUAUCGUGGCUAUGCACGCCGAUGACGAGCUCGCGCUGGGGAAGGCGUACUUGGCGGUGCCUGCGCGUCAGAUGAAUCGCAAGGUGGACGAGGUGGAGUUGGCAGCGAUAGAAUCGACGCUGAAAAGGAAAAGGAUAGGUACUGGCAAGCAAGGCGAGGCGAAGACGACGAAGAGUGGAUCAGAGAAUGGAUGGUCCACCUAG